AUGGCAUCAAAUACACAAGAUCCUGCAGGAAGUUGUCCUGAAGAACCAGCAAAUAGGAUUAACAUCCAGCAGUUCUUUUGGGAGUUCAUGGAUGAUCCAGUGGAAGCUCAGAUUGAGGCAAAGUUUCAAAGUCAGGUUGAGGCUCAACUAGGAGUUCCGGCGUAG